UUCCCUUCUCUUCCUCCAGCUCAAUCCCUUGCCGUCCAUUCGCUCGCUAUCUUUCACUAGCGAGGGAAUGCUCCCACUGUUUUUGGUUUGGUGCCCUAGUUUCUUCUUCGAUCUUAUUUGUUUGUUCGUGGCUAAUAGUAGUGCCGUACUCGAUUAUUGUUUUUGUGCUUCGAGUUGUGAUUUUUCUUCGUGCUUGACCUCGUCUAGGGUUUUCACCUUUUCUAGCAGCGCAUCAUGCGUAUUACUCUCGAUUGUGACUCCUCAGGAUAAGAUUUUCCGUAACGAAUCAUCCCCCUUUCAAGCAGCCAUAUUCUUUAUUGCGAUUUCUAGCUCCUCAGGUACCACUAGCAAUUGACUGCCAACAAGUCAAACUUUUGUUUGAGCAAAAUGGAAUCGAAAGAGUUUGACCUUAUUAUUUUAUCGAGGUUAUAUGGAUUCCAGUCCUUAUCUAUUAGGCGUUGAAUCCCAAGUACUCAAGCUGAUUGAAGAAUCGAAAAGCGAUUCUGCAGAUCUGCAGAGAUGUGCUACCGGUGAGCUGCGCCUGCUUUCACAAUGUUCAGAAAAUAGGAACGUGAUUGCAGAUUGUGGAGUCGUAAACUUACUGGUCGGCUUGCUUCAUUCAUCGGACCCUGCGACUCAAGUGAAUGCAGUGACGGUGCUGCUGAAUUUGUCGAUCGAUGACAGAAACAAGAUCUCCAUUGCAAAUUAUGCUAAUGCCAUAGUUUCCCUGAUUGAUGUGCUUAUAGGAUCAGGCAUCCCUGAAGCAAAAGAGAACUCUGCGGCAACAUUGAGUAGUCUCGCGAAAAUCGAGGAGAACCGAGUUCAGAUAGGCGAGUCCGGUGCUAUCGGCCCUCUGGUAGAAUUGCUCGCGAAUGGAACUCCACGAGGAAAGGAAGAUGCAGUGACGGCGCUCUAUAAUCUGUCGAAAUGCCGUGCCAACAUGGUUAGGAUCGCGCAGUCUGGAGCAGUAGCCCAUUUGGUCGGCCUGAUAGACCAUGCUGCAGCUGGCUUGGUCGACAAGGCCGUGACCAUUUUAGCAAAUCUCGCAACUACGUCAGAAGGAAGAAUUGCAAUAGGGCAAGAUGGGGUAUCAGCACUGGUGGAUGUCGUUGAACUGGGAUCUUCCCGUGGAAAGGAAAAUGCCGCCGCAGCUUUGCUUCAACUAUGCAGGAGUAGCAGUAAAUAUUGCCGUGUAGUUCUGCAACAAGGUGGUGUGCCGUCGCUGGUAGCAUUGUCGCGUUGUGGCACGCCACGAGCUAAAGAAAAGGCUUCGUCUCUGCUAAAUUAUUUUCAAAAGCAACGAGAAGCUUAUGCUGGGAAUAAGGCGGAGCUCCACGAUCCUAUGUGUUUUGUAGGAUAGACAAUCAUGCUGAGCAGCUCAGUCAAAAUCAAGAUAUGAUAUAUGCUACUUGUGAACAGUCAAACUCAUCACAGAAUGAAUUCAAGCUGAGUCUCAUGAGUCUAAUACACUUCUUCCACGGAUGCAAAGCUAAUCAAGGGCAAGUCGGUAACCAUGGCACCUGUCUCGACACAAAUUCUGACAUCCCUCCUAGCUCCGUCUCAGCCCCAGCAUCAUCUCUCAGGCUCAGCUCCAGUGACCAACAACAUCUCUUAGUCUCGAUUCUCAAGAUUGGGCAUAGUUGCCAACGACAUCUCUCAGACUCGGCCCCAGUCGCCAACGAUAUCUCUCCGUUUUGGCCCUAGGUCCCAACACCCUCUCACAAUGUCCGCUUUAAUCGCUGAUAUCAUCUUUGUCUCAACCUUAGGUCCCAACACUUUCUCUUAGUCUCAUCAUGAAUCAUUAACAUCAUCUCUAUCUCGGCCCUCAGUCAUCGACACCCUCUCUCUGUAUUGGACCCUAAUAUUAUCUUUGUCUCGAUCUCAAUCGUCAACACUCUCUCUCAACAUUGGACCAUGGUGUCCUCUCAGUCUUGACUUUAGAUCCCGACGUAGUCUAUUCUCAAGGCCACUCCACAACAAUAUCAUCUUUUUUCACUUUUAAGACAUGCCUAUGCCCCGCAAGGGCUCAUUAACAAGGAUUGUGAAUAAUCCAAAUGUGUGACAUCCUAAGAAUGGAGGAGUUGGUAUAAUGCUUUAUCUGUAAUAUUCUUUGAAUGUAGUUGAGUUGUCUCAUGUUGCUUAUAAUGCUAUAAUC